UUGCUUUAUCACACGCUGCUGACAUCCUAUUCCUGGUGGGCUCUUCCUACAUGUCAGGUCGUUAAAUAAGCUGCCGGAUUUCUGCCUCCACAGCCCACGGAGCUCUCAUGGACCAUGGGCAUGGAGGGCCUUCUCCAGAACUCCACUAACUUCGUCCUCACAGGCCUCAUCACCCAUCCUGCCUUUCCCGGGCUUCUCUUUGCAAUAGUCUUCUCCAUCUUUGUGGUGGCCAUAACAGCCAACGUGCUCAUGAUUCUGCUCAUCCAUGUGGACUCCCGCCUCCACACUCCCAUGUACUUCUUGCUCAGCCAGCUCUCCAUCAUGGACACCAUCUACAUCUGUAUCACGGUCCCCAAGAUGCUCCAGGACCUCCUGUCCAAGGACAAGACCAUUUCCUUCCUGGGCUGCGCACUUCAGAUCUUCCUCUACCUGACCCUGAUUGGAGGGGAAUUCUUCCUGCUGGGUCUCAUGGCCUAUGACCGGUACGUGGCUGUGUGCGACCCUCUCCGGUACCCUCUCCUCAUGAACCGCAGGCUCUGCUUAUUCAUGGUGCUCGGCUCCUGGGCGGGCGGCUCCUUGGAUGGGUUCAUGCUGACUCCUGUCACUAUGAGGUUCCCCUUCUGUAGCUCCCGAGAGAUCAAUCACUUUUUCUGUGAGAUCCCAGCCGUGCUGAGGUUGUCGUGCACAGACACGUCGCUCUACGAGACCCUGAUGUAUGCCUGCUGCGUGCUGAUGCUGCUCCCUCCUCUGUCCGUCAUCUCCGUGUCCUACACGCGCAUCCUCCUGACUGUCCACCGGAUGAACUCUGCUGAGGGCCGGCGCAAAGCCUUUGCUACGUGUUCCUCCCACGUCACGGUGGUGAGCAUGUUCUACGGGGCGGCCUUCUACACCAACGUGCUGCCCCACUCCUACCACACCCCGGAGAGGGACAAAGUGGUGUCCGCCUUCUACACCAUCCUCACCCCCAUGCUCAACCCACUCAUCUACAGCUUGAGGAAUCAAGAGGUGGCCGCAGCUCUAAGGAAAGUGCUGGGGAGAUGUGGCUCCUCCCAGAGCAUCAGGGUGGGGACUGUGAUCAGGAAGGAUUAGCGGGGACUCUGCAAACAUCUGCGGUGCUGCGGCCAAUGACGCAGCUAUUCUAGAAAAUACGGUAUUGGUUCUGAAGCUCAGGGUGGCGACUGUGACCAGAAAGGACUAGCGGGGACUCCCAGGGCAUCAGGGUGGCGACUGUGACCAGGAAGGACUAGCGGGGACUCCCAGGGCAUCAGGGUGGCGACUGUGACCAGGAAGGACUAGUGGGGACUCUGCAAACAUCCGCAGUGCUGCAACCUUAACGCAGCUAUUCCAGAAAAUACGGUAUUGCCUCUGAAGCAUGUUCAGUGUCACUUUUAGCUAAUUCAAAAUUAACAGGCAAAAUCAUCCUGUUGCGAUGAUUACUUGGCAACAAUAGCAAAGCUGGGGAGCAUCUCUGCAUUAGCCAACUUGUUCAACUGGAUUCACCAAGAAACCUUUCCAGAGGGGAUUCUCAGGCAGGCAGCCCUAGAAACCGUUCCUGGCAAGCCCAGCUGCCCUCUGGAGUGCCCGUGUUAACCUGUGAUCAUGAUCCUUCUGUCUGCAUUGCUGACCAACCUCUGAAUGGAAAUCGGAGCAUUUGCCACCUCCUUGAUUUACUUUCAAACAUUCAAUACAAGUAAAAUAUUUUCCAGUGCUAAACGUGUAGCAGUUUUAUUUAGAAAACUUUUAGGAAGGUGAUACUAUUGUAUUUUGGUUCUGGAUUCUUACAUUUUAUGAAUGCUCUUAUUUCAGAGGUAAGUGAUAAAACAAAUACUUGCCCUGCAUUUAUUCCCAUGGAGUCCAAUAUAUUCCUGGAAAUAAAGAUUGAUUCAUUGAUUGAAAAUUGACUCUGCCAUUAACAUUGUUACACGGCCAAAAACCUACAAAACGGCCAUUUACACUUAAAUGGUAAUAGAUAAAAUGUCUUGGUUUAUUCAUUCUACACUUAGUUCCCUUGGAAUAAGUUGCUCAAUUUUCUUAUUCUCAACAUCUUCACUGAUAUGCUAAAGACAAGUAUUUCUGUAGUGAGUUGGAGUUAGGUGUGGUGCUUUGAUAGAGUGUGACUUUGGUGGAAUAAAUAACUAAGCCAAGACUGCACUCACCCCACCAUUUAACUUUAGCUGCUUCUGUGUGUAAGGUCCUGAAAUAGGAGAAAUAAAAAAUAUUGAGGGAUCUGGUGUUUAUUUUCUUUUGAUACAAGGUUUAGCAAAACACUGGACAAAGUGGUUACACAGUUGACGAAGACUAAGCAAAGGUUCCUCAGUCUUAUGUUCUAGUGUCAACACAGAAGGAACAAUGUUUCCUCCAUCGUUGAUGUAGAUAAAGAAUAUUCCCUUCAACAUGCUAAUCCCUAGGUUUUUUAUUCAGAAGGUUCCUAAUAAUUUGAUCUUGACCCUGAAAUCAAACACUUGGAAAAGAGACGGAAGAAUGUCCUGGAGGGAUCAAGUGAAGAAACGGACCAGGAUUCAUCUAUGAAAUAACCUCGGUGUUGUUUCAAUUCAGCUCCAUUCAAAUGUAAUUCCUUUGUAUCUGCACUAGUGCCCUCCCCCUUCUCCAUUCUCCUGCCUUGGGUAGCACCCCUUGGUCUUUCUUCCCUCUACAACACUCCUCCAAUUCACACUGCCUCUGCCCUAUCCUGGGACAUGUGUUUUUUCCCAUUUCCUCAGUUGCUAUAUAUUAAAAAAUAGGACUUUUGUUCUUAUAUUUCCAAGAUUAAUUCUCUGUACAUUUAACUAGAAUAUUUAACUCUAACACUGACAGACAUUUCAAAAGCAUCCCUGAAGCAAUAAGUGGAGUGCGUCUUGACAAGUUUCUAGGGAUAUCAUCGACUUUUAGUGAUCGGGACGUGGAAGGAGGUGACUUAUUCAAUGUUUAAGAGUCUAUUCAAGCAAUUCCAUGGUGGUUACAUCAACAUGUUCUUUUCCUGGUGAUUUAUCAAUCUUUCCACUGUUGACGUGUGCACUUUUCUGUUGUAGGCUCUAAUACAACUUAAAAAAUUUUCUCAUUUUACACAUGGUGGGUACCCACUCUCCUCACACAUACAACUAGUCCCACUGUAAAAGGGAGUGACCAAGGAUUUUUCCCCAGUCAUCUCACCAAAUUAUAAGGUAAUUUGUGGUCACCAGAUUUGCUUAUUAAAAUAUAUGAAUUAUUUUAAUAUUUAGUAACAUACAUAAUUUAGUAACUUAAUAUUAUCAGCUGUAUACCUGAAACAUGGCAUGCACUAAUCCAAGUAAUGAAAACAUAGACUGUCCCCAGGACUGUCCCUAGUGUUGAAAACAUUUAACUACAUUAGUCUCAUUUUUGAUUCUGAUGUUCACAGCAAAUUAUUGCCCCAUUCAAGCAAGAGGC